AUGGCUGGAAAUCGAACGGUAAGCUGUUCCCAGAUACAAAUGAAGAGACGCAGCAACAGCGGUGAAUAUGAAAUUUAUCCUCGCAACGACCCAGUAAAUGUUAGCUGUGACAUGGAGUCCGACCGCGGCGGAUGGACAGUGAUUCAACGUCGGUCCAGAUAUGAAGCCCAGAACAACUACUUCGAGAAAGACAUCAAACAUUACGAGAGUGGAUUUAUAACACAGGAGGGAGCUUCGUGGAUAGGACUUGAUAAUCUUCAUGCACUUACGAAUUUUCCGAACAACCAACAAGCUCUCAGAAUCGAACUGACAAUAGGACAAAGGGAACCGACAGUAUUGCUCUAUCACAAAUUUGUCAUCGGCUCCAAACAGGAGGGUUACAAGCUGACCGUUGCCGACUACGAGGGUCCUCAUCAAGAUUACGACGCGUUGUCCUACCACAACGGACAGAAGUUCACCGUCAAGAAGAGCAUGAAGCAGCCACCCGACGGAGACAGAUGCUCCGCAAGACUGAGUGCUGGCUGGUGGUUCAAGGAUUGCAACGAGGCAAAUCUUAAUGGACGUAAAUUCACCUCCCGUUCGAAAAUAAGGGCUCUCGGUAUUACCUGGCACAUCAAAGGCCAAGAAGAAUCCUACUAUUAUCCCUACGACAGUGUGGAGAUGAAGAUCAGGGACUACGACUAUGGUUUCUGCACGGGCGCUUUUAAAUCCAAAGGUAUCUAA